AUGUUCAUUCAUUCAUUCAUACUGAAUGAUUUUUUUUCAUUUCUAUCUUGUUUCUUUCCUGCUUCUAUUGUUUUUAUUAUUUUAUCUUUUGUUAUUUAUAAUUGUCUUUCUCUAACCCAUACAGAUUUCUUUUUGUUUCUAUUGCAUACUUAUCUUCCUUUAUCCCUUCUUUCCUUUAUCUCUCCCUCUCCAUUUCAUGCCUUCCACCGUUUCUUUCUUCUUUCUUUGUAUUCUAAACUUUCUUUCCUUCCUUUGGUUUCUCCUCUAACCCUCCCUUCUUUCCUUUCUUGCUUCCUUCCCAUAUCCCCUCCUUCCUUUAUUUCUCCCUUAUCACUUUAUUCCUUCUUCCCUGCAUUCUAUCUAUCUAUCUAUCUAUCUAUCUAUCUCUUUCUUUCUUCCUUCCUUCCUCUCCUUCCUUCCUUCCUUUCUUCCUUCCUUCCUCUCUUCUCCUUCCUUCCUUCCUUCCUUCCUUCCUCAGUUCCUCUCACUCUUCCUUACUUCCUGUAUAAUUUUUAUUUCUAA